AUGCCCUUGGAGAUCCAUCCCAUCACCGUCAUCGUCAACAACACCAACCCCAGCACCCUCCUCACCCAGAUCUGCAACAUCCUCGCCAGCCACAAGAUCCAUGGCAUCGUCUUCGAGGACAACGUUGGCACGGAGGCCGUGGCCCAGAUCCUUGACUUUGUCUCCUCCCAGACACAGGUCCCUGUGAUCAGCAUCAGCGGGGGCUCUGCUGUGGUCCUGACCCCAAAGGAGCCUGGCUCGGCUUUCCUUCAGUUGGGUGUCUCCAUUGAGCAGCAAAUCCAGGUGAUCUUCAAGGUGUUGGAGGAAUACGACUGGGGCUCCUUCACCGUCAUCACCAGCCUCUAUCCAGGCUACAACAUCUUCCUUGACGUCAUCCGCUCUUUUACGGACGCCAGCUACUUCGGCUGGGAGCUGCAGGAGGUGCUCACCUUUGAGAUGAGCCAAGAGCAGAGCAGCUCCAGGACACAGCGACUCCUGCGUCAGAUCGAUGCUCAGGUCCUCAUCGUCUACUGCUCACGAGAAGAGGCUGAAUAUCUCUUCACCAUGGCAGAGCAAGCCGGACUCGUGGGGCCAGGCUACGUCUGGAUUGUGCCCAGCCUGACGGUGGGCAACAUGGAGGUGCCACCCUCCUCCUUCCCCGUCGGCCUCAUCAGCGUGGUGACGGAGAGCUGGAAGCUGAGCCUGCGGCAGAAGGUGCGGGAUGGAGUGGCCAUCAUCGCCAUGGGAGCGGCCAGCUUCUUCCGGGCCCACGGCUACCUCCCCGAGGUGGGACGGGACUGCUGGACCCCCGCUGGGACCACCACUGCCAACGCCAGCUUCUACCAGCACCUCCUCAACGUGACGUGGGAGCACAGGGACUUCUCCUUCAAUGAAGGUGGCUACCUGAUCAGACCCACCAUGGUGGUGAUCUCACUCAACCAGCACCGGCUCUGGGAGAUGGUGGGCAAGUGGGAGAAAGGCAUCAUCCACAUGAAGUACCCGGUCUGGCCGCGUUACGGCUCCUUCAUGCAGCCCGUGGCUGAUACCCGCCUCCUGACAGUGGCCACGCUGGAGGAGAGACCCUUCGUCAUUGUGGAGAACACAGACCCCAGCACCGGGGUCUGCGUGCGCAACACCGUGCCCUGCCGCAAGCAGACCAACUCCUCCCAGAGGUGAGCAGUGAGGACCAAGCUGUGCUGCAAGGGUUUCUGUAUCGACAUCCUGAAGAAGUUGGCCAAGGCGGUGAAGUUCUCCUAUGAUCUCUACCUAGUGACCAACGGCAAACACGGCAAGAUCGUCCGCGGGGUCUGGAAUGGCAUGAUUGGUGAGGUGUACUACAAGCGAGCAGACAUGGCCAUCGGCUCUCUCACCAUCAAUGAGGAGCGUUCUGAGAUCGUGGACUUCUCCGUGCCCUUCGUGGAGACGGGCAUCAGCGUCAUGGUGGCCCGGAGCAACGGCACCGUCUCCCCGUCCGCCUUCCUGG